AUGUGCAUGCAUUGUCGUCUAGCCGAGUGCCAAGUUCCCGUGUAUUUCAUCGUUCCCACCGCGACGGCUUCUGACAGGCUGAAAGCGAUGUCUUCAACGCCGGGGAAGGAUUCGGGGGCACCGAGGAAACAAGCACAUCCCACGCCCAGCUGGAGCCAUCGCUCAUUUGAGAGCGGUCGCGGCGCUUCGAGACAACGGGAUCCCGUGGAACACCGGUUCGGGCACACGCGCCAAGGCCUUGGGUCGCACAGAAACCCGACGGCUACGCAAGCGAAAGAACGGGCAGCACGAGGGGACCUGAAUCGUGGUUUGCAAGGGGGUUCCCGCGCGAAUCACAAUCGGACUUCGCGGAAAGGAAAUGACUUCAUCGCGUCCGGGGUCCGGGGACAGAUCAUCCUCCCCGUGACCGACGAAGAGCGGUCUGCUACGAUGCGGGCGCCCUCGAGGAACCCUGCCUCAGCUGUGAUGUUCCCGCGGUACCUAAGCGUUGUCAAACCCGUGCGGACCCUACGGUAGAGGGUAGUGCAUCCCAAGAGUCGACACCAGCCUCUGCAGGUCAGACUCCCGUAGUCUUCAACCCAUUCGCUCCUCGAGAGAUUUAGAAGCGGAAAAGGUAGCACUUGCUGCUCCAGGUCAAGUAGACAGGGCAUAGAGAUGACGAGAGAGGGCUACAAGAUUGCAGGUGUUUCGUUUUUUCUACCGGGAACAGCACUAGGUAGACCGUAGACUACAAUCCCAGCGUGCCCAGCAGGCCAUGUCAUGUUUCUUUGCGGAAGCAUGGGGCUUGCCCACGCACUGUUGUGCAGAGUGUGAAACGGAUAGGACGGUAUGCGGGAGGAGCGAGUCUGGCGCUCCCGUUAUCGAGCCCAGCCGUAUUUUUUUUCGUUUUUUUCUUUUUUAUGUUGGGGUAGGGGGCUCGCCCGCCCAACCUGGGCAGCACGUGUUGGAGUGACUUCCCGGUUACGCAAAACCAGCAGGUGUAUUACACCCGUUGUCGAAUUAUCUUUUUUUUUUUGCGAAGUUUUCUCUAGAAUUGUUUUUGUCUUUUUGAAGUUUCGAUACGUUUCCCUCCCUGCUGCGCACCGGAUGUACAAUGCACACAGGUUAGGGCUUCUCGGUUGCCAGUCCCCCCCCGAUAUCCUCUCUAUGUAGAUAGUCAUGUCCACAAUUUUGGGUGCACACGUAUCGGAUCGACGUUCGGAUUCUUCAGUAACAGAGCCUUUUGGAUGAUAUGUCCUGGGUGGUAGAAAGGUAUUAGCAACUUGAGAUCAAUUCUCUUCGUCAGAAUUGGUUUACCGGUGUUGAAGACGUUUGGGAUCGUUGUACUGUACGCUUCCUUGUUGAUCAGUUAAUAAUAAUGGACGCAAUUAAACCCCGCCUUGCCAC